AUGAAAUGGAAAAGGAGUGCAGAUGAUUGCGAGGGCUCCGAUAUUGCUGAUUUAUUGGAUGAGAAAGCAGAUAGAUCUAAUAUACCAAUUACUGAGAAAGUUGGCUGCGUUAGAAAUAUUACUUGUAAUGCUGAUAUUAACACAUAUGUCGCAAUUUUUUUAAAUGCAUCGGAAAUUGUUCUCCCUGACCAUGUUCCCCUAAAUCUUGCAUUUGACUCAUUAUCUCUGUUUGCAAUGAUUUCGCUAACUUUGUCAAUGAUAAAAAAUGAUUUGAAAUGUCCGAGCGGGUCUGGAUCUGAAACAUUUGUUUCUUGGGAUGGUCUGGGGUCGUCGGAAUCAGAAUCAGAUUCUAUGGAUUCCGAGCUGCUGGAAGAGAUGGGUGGUGCAGAUGGUUCAAAUGCAAUUUGCGAUUGUCCACAGCCCAUCGUAACAGAUAAUGAUUAG